AUGGCACAACUUGAACCAGGUCCCAUUUGUCAUUCUGUUCUUACUCAACAAAAGCCUCACAGAUCUACUAAAGUUUGGAAAGAAUCUCAUCGCAUGAAUGAGCCCUUAAGGUGUUGUAGAUAUGACAGUGCAUUUUGGGAUUCAAAACUACAGUCAGAUGAUAGAAUUAUGACUUAUAUUCGACUGGCUGGCUUUUAUGGAGUGUCUAGAUUGGGAUGUAUAAUGUUAGAUUGGCCUCUUAUCACUGCAAUGGUGGAUCGGUGGCGACCUGAAACCCAUUGUUUUCAGCUUCCUUUUGGAGAAGUUACAAUCACAUUGCAGGAUGUUGAGAUGCUCCUAGGACUACGAGUUGAUGGCUUGCCAGUGACGAGUAGUUUUCCCAAACGAACUAGUGAAGAGUGUUGUGACACAUGUCAUGAUCUUCUUGGCGUUAGGCCUGACAAAGAAUCAAUUUCUGGGGCAUCUCGUUUGGUCAUUACCUGUUUGCAGAAUCCAACACCAUUGACUAAGCAUUCCACAGACAAAGAUGUGCAGCGCAUGGCCCGAUUGCGUAUCAUGCAAUUGCUAGGUGGAAUGUUGUUUCCCAGCACAUCAAACAACAUGGUAAGGCUAUGUUUCUUAGAUCUCAUUGCUGAUUUAGAAGGUGCUAGUGAAUAUAGUUGGGGGAGUGCUGUCCUUGCCUACUUAUAUCGAUGCAUGUGCAAAGCAACAAUGAAAAGUGCAAGUGUAAUUGGUGGAGCCCUCAUUCUUCUUCAACUUUGGGUUUGGGAGCAUAUCGCCUUAUUCUCCCCAAAAAUGUUGUCAUUUCCCGCAGACUUACCCGAUCGACCCAGGGGUGCCAGGUGGUCUGGUGAACGAUGCUUUGAUGAUGUAGCUAAUCAUGUUUUGAAAGCAUACAGAGAUCAACUGGACCACAUGACAUGUGAUCAAUUUGAGUGGAGACCCUAUGGGGACAACUUGGAUGAGUACCCAGAUUUCUGCAAAGCCGGGGAGGUCAUUUGGAUGACGAAGUCGCCUCUAAUAAUGUACGAGGUUGUAGAGUGGCACCUGCCGGACCGAGUUCUCCGGCAGUUUGGGAAGUUCAAGCAGCCACCGCCGGCGAACUUCGACACAGAGCCAAAAUUGCACAAGAUCGACGGGAGAGGGAAAGGGUGCGCAGAUUGGAGCCUUAGACACGAGAAAUACGUGAGAGAAUGGGAAAAGCGCCAAGAAAACGUUGUGCGUGCAGUGGCUGAUGAUGACGAGGAUAGAAGGUGGGAAGGCGAGUAUGAUAAAUGGUUUGAAUUGAUUGGUCGUCGCAUCAUCACCAACCCCGUCCACCGUCAUGCUCGAGGAUUCAUGCCCCUAGCAUCAAAACUAGAACACUUGACGAGGGUUAUUCAUGACAUAAGCUGGAUGGCAAGGGAUGAAUUGGAGAAAAAUACAGAUAUAAGCGAGGAGCAUCAAGGAUACAUUGCCAUUAAUGAAACAUGUGUUGAAGCUUUGAAGCUUAUAGGUGAAGAAAAGAGGCUUGAAAGUCGUCCUGAUCUCCCCAUCCGGCCAAGUGAUGAUGCUGAUGUUGCAGAUGAUGAUGGUGAUGCUCCUCCACGGGCACGUGACCGGCAUAGAGACCCAGCCGAUGGGCCGCAGCCUAGAAGGGGAGGGAGGCGGAAGAAGAUAAGGGUGGUUGAAGGUGCUGCCGCUCAGAACUGA